AUGUCAACUACAACAACAAAUACACUAGUACCAAAAACUACAACAUCCUUAAGACGAAAAAUAAAAUUAACUAAACUUACAGAUAAAAUUAAAACAAAACGCAGAAAAAGAAUUAAAAUAGCAAACAAUGCAACUACAAUUGGCACAUAUUCUGAUGCCGGCACAACUGAGUGCAGUGCAGCAACAAGAAAUUCAACAUUUUCCUUACCAACAACCACCUCAUCGUAUCUAUCUGAACCAACGACAGUGUCAACAGCAACAGCAGCAACAACUGUUUCAACACUAUCACCGUCAUCAACAUCAUCAACAUCAUCAACACCAUCAACAUCGUCAAUACCGCCAAGAACAUCAACAUUGUGUAGAUUAACAGCACGCACUCUCACAACCACUGCGGUAGCCUUAACAGCAGCUGCUAUGUUGCAUACAACAAAUGCUUCCAUACUGUCUACAAGCAACACGGCACAGCAGAGUAUACCAACAAUCGCAGCAACUAUAGCAUCUGCCAAUGCAACAGCAAUUCCACAAUCAUUUGACACAUUAACAGCAACAACAGCAGCUGCACUCUCUGCAUAUCCUUUGACUGUGCUGGAUGCGAGUGUUGCACAAACUGAUUGGAAUCUUACAGUGUUGGCGAUUGGUUGGAUACGUUGA